UAUAUAUACUCUUAUUGUAGCAAAAUGAAGAUCAACUCGUGUUUAUUUUUCGCACUUUUUCUUCUUCUUGUUUCCUAUAAUCUUGCUGCCCGGACAUCCCAGGCAACUCAAGAUACAAAAGGAGCUGAGGAGAAGAACAAGGUGGCAGUAGAUACAAAAGGAGCUGAGGAGGAGAACAAGGCAGCAGCCUAUGGCGGCGGCGGCGGCGGUGGAAACUGGGGAGGUGGCGGAGGACAUGGUGGUGGAGGAUACGGAUGCCAUCAUGGAUGCUGUUAUCAAGGUCAUGGUGGUAGCUGCUCAAGGUGUUGUUCAUCGCCUGAAGAAGCCAAAGCUUUCGCAGAGAAAAAACUAGCUGAGGAUGAGGAGAACAAGGCGGCAGCCUAUGGCGGCGGCGGCGGCGGUGGUGGUGGAAACUGGGGAGGUGGUGGAGGACAUGGUGGUGGAGGAUAUGGAUGCCAUCAUGGAUGUUGUUAUCAAGGUCACGGUGGUAGCUGCUCAAGGUGUUGUUCAUCGCCUGAAGAAGCCAAAGCUGUCGCACAAAAAAAGGGAGUUGAGGAGAACAAGGCGGCAGCCUAUGGCGGCGGCGGUGGUGGAAACUGGGGAGGUGGCGGAGGACAUGGUGGUGGAGGAUACGGAUGUCAACAUGGAUGCUGUUAUCAAGGUCACGGUGGUGGUUGCUCAAAGUGUUGCUCAUCACCGGAAGAAGCCAAAGUUUUCGCAGAAAAACAACAACAACAUAAUCCGUAGAUACCUAGCUUAUUACAUGGUUCGUUAACUCACAGGUAGCUAAUGGGAGUUAACAAAACCCUGUACUCGUGAACUCUGUACUUCUUAAUUGUGAACUCUAAAUAAAACAAUGUGUAAUAAAAAGAAUGUGUGGAAAAUAAGAUAAUUUUCCACAUUUGUA